CGACGAAGAUAUUUUGAAGAGUGUUGAAGAUGAGUUCCGUACAGCAUCUUUGAAGCUCUGCAACACAGCCUCUCACGUUGAUGUCUCGGUAAGCCCCAAAAUUAGCCGGCCGCCAAGUUUACCGCGAAGAGUUCUGAAUCUCAGACGGUUUCUGACUGAGGGAAAUUUAUGCCUGUUGGAGACAGAGAGCAUGAGCGGUGUUUAUGUGUGCCUGAGCUAUACAUGGGGCCCAAGGAACAAUGGCGUGACAACCCCUGACAACCUUCAGGCAAACUUCAACAAUAUCCCUUACGACCAACUUCCACAGACAUACAAAGAUGCAGUAACGGUGGCAACGGCAUUAGGUGUCUCAUUCCUGUGGAUAAAAAAAAUGGGCUAUGCAUAAUCCAAGGCGACAAAGACUCAAUAGACUGGAAGGAACAGUCCUCUCAGAUGGCAGAGAUUUACGGAAAUUCUCUUCUGGUAAUCGCAGCCGCGAAUUGCAGCAGCGUGGAAGACGGAUUCCUGUCUACGGCAAACACACCCCGGAGUCUCAUCAAGUUCGAGCUUCCCCGGGACACAGAUGCUCCUUCUGUGGUUUACGCUCGCACAAUGCUCGACCACAGCUGGCU